CCUGGGCUGUGGGCGGGGUUGCUGGAACACUUUCAGUUUUGUUUCUCUCUCUGUACGCAAGAACUGAAACUGGACGAAGUCUCCAGAGGCAAGAACAUGGAGGGAGACUCUCAGAUGUGCAGGAACUGCAAAAGAAGCGUGGCCUCUGCGCAUCUGGCCCUGCACGAGGCCCACUGCCUGCUGUUCCUGGUCCUCUGCCCGGAGUGCAAGGAGGCCGUCCCGCAGGAGAAGAUGGACGAGCACUGCAGGGGCGGGCACCAGCAGGUGGGGUGUGCCAUGUGUCAGCAGAGCCUGCCGAAGCACUCGCUGGAGGUUCACGAGGCCACGGAGUGCCAGGAACGCCCGGUCGAGUGCAAGUUCUGUGAGCUGGCCGUGCGCCUCAGCAAGGUGGAGCUGCAUGAGCACCACUGUGGCCGGCGGACGAAGCUCUGCCCCGGCUGCGGCCAGCUCUUCAUGCUCCAUGUGCUGGCCAAGCACAGAGAUGUGUGUCGGGGCGAGCAGGCCCGGCUCCAGGAAGGGGAGAGAAUUCCAGCUCCUGAAAGCAACAUCUGCUGUGAUUAUUGCAACCAAAUGAUCCCAGGAAAUAAGUAUUUCGACCACCUGUUGCAGGAUAGGUGUCGUCCAGUCUCAGAGUCUGUGAAAUAUUCUCCAGUUGGAAAACCAGAAUUUCCUCCUUCAUUCCUUCCAAGUCAGGCUGCUCAAGAUCAAACUUCCACAGCAGAAAAAGGUGUCCGUCCAAAGACAAAAAAAAUAUGCAGAUUUCCCCUUCUUUCUGAAAAGUCAACGAGGCAAGCACCAAGAGGCACAAACAAAACCACGGAUCUGCCUUUGAAGUCUGAUCACAAGCUCAGGGUCUCUGCUCCUGUAGAAGAUGAGACAGCCUAUGACAUUCUGAGGAGAUGUUCUCAGUGUGGCAUCCUACUUCCUCUGCCAACCCUAAGUCAGCAUCAGGAGAAAUGCUUGUGGUUAGCUUCGUCAAAAGGAAAACAAGUGAGAAGUUCCAGCUAGAACCGGAAAAGAAAAGAGAUCUUGGUUUGCCCAAGAGCCACAGAUAAACCAGGAGAAAAAAGUGUUCCAGCUCUUCUGCCUGAGAGUUCUGAUCAAGCAUCCAGGCCCCACACUGCCUAGAUACCGGGGACCCAGCUUUGUCCCUGGAGAAUAAAGGGCCUUCCCUGAAAGCCUGUCCAGCA